AUGUUUUUUAUAAUAAUAUUAUAUAAUAUAAAACAUGAACAAAAUGAUCAUUUGUUGGGUGAAUUCUCGGGGGGGCGAGUUUGUAUAGGGGCGAGUUUUCCUUUUCCCACUACUGGUGCUGCCAAGGCUGUCGGAAAAGUCAUCUCAUCAUUAAACGGAAAGCUCACUGGUAUGUCAUUCAGAGUUGGAACUCCAGACGUCUCAUGUGUCGAUUUGACUGUCAGAACUGAGAAAGAGGUUACAAUCGAAAAUAUCAACGCUGCUAUCACUAAAUACGCUGAAGGUGAACUCAAGGGAAUUAUGGGAAUUACACACGACUUGGUCGUCUCAUCGGACAUCAUUCACGACGACAGAAGCUCUAUCUUCGAUGCUGCUGCUACCAUUAUCUUGAACCCACACUUCUGCAAACUCAUUGCAUGGUACGAUAACGAGUGGGGAUAUUCCACAAGACUCGUUGAUCUCAUCCAGAUCAUCAGCAAAGUUCAUUAA